AUGGCAUCAUCGGUCACCAUCUUAGCAGCAAUGCUUUACGCUUCCGCAACAUUUGCAUACCCUCAGUCCAUCGUCAAUCAGAGCCUCAUUCCAGGCAACCUCGCAGUGACUUGGUAUCAGGCGCCUCUGGACUUCAGCGGAUCAAUCUCGACCGACACAACUUGUGGCUUCGCCGUUUCUACGGGACAGCUGAAAACCGCCCAGUGCUACGUCCUGCACACAUAUGCUCUCGGACUACAGCAAAACGAGCACCACGGAUGUACUUUGAAGGUGUGGGAUAACGUCUCUGACUGUUCAGGCAAUGGAUCAUGGACUAUGCAUGCUAUACCUAGUGGCAGAGGCACCAGUUGUAUCGAGACCGGUGUACUGGACGGAGGCAACUUCCAGCACAAGAGCUGUGUCUUGACAUGCUCUUGA